AUGGGCGGCCUGCAGCACACCUCAACGCAGGCCGAGGACGCCCUGUCGCAGGGCGUCGGGAAGCUGCAGCAGAACCUCGCCGAGACCCUGACGGCCGCGGCCGACCCGUUCGAGCUCCCCGACGGGGCGGUAGGUCGCCGCUGGAGUGGACGCUCCGGUGGGUUGGUGCGGGGUGCGAGCGGGUUCGACGGUGCCGGCGGCGGCGCCGGACGCGGCGAAGGGAGCAACACGGAGCGCGGAGGGCGCGGCGUAGUGGCGCAGGGCGCCGAGGGGCGGAGCCGCGGAGCAGAGUGGUGUGGCCGCGGAGGGCGCGCCGGCGAGAAAGGAGGGAAGGGGGCCGCGCCGGUGAGGAAGAAGUAG